AAUGAUCACAGAUUAAGUUGGAUUAUUUAUUCACAAAAUUCCAAUCCUCAAAGAUAAUAGAUUCUUCUCUCUUCUGAGAAUGGAAUUUAUUGAAGCAGAUUAAAUCUAUCUUAUGUCUAUAAGUAUCAUUUUUAUUAUCACAUAAAGCUCCAAAUAUUGAUAAAGAUACAUAAAUCAAAGAUUAUUUGACAAGUCUUAUAGUUUCUACAUUGUAAUUAAUUAAUUUCCAAUAAAUCUAAAGACUAUCCCUGUAUCAGAUUGAAAAUCAUUAUCAAUAUUGA